AAAAACCUGAUGAAGCCGUGACCCUUUAGCUUCCAUUUAUAGCCUGAGCCGGAAUGCCAUCCCCCUUGACUAGGGAACUGUCCAAUCCAGCCGCGUGUGUCGAGAUUCUAUUAGGCACUAAGUGAAAUAUAUAUGCAUGCCCUUAUACCGCGUAACUCGGGUCCACCUUGGAGACGCUGGGCUGUGGAUCAACCGAACCACCACUCCUCUUCCAAAAAUCAUUUUGACAGGUUCUUUUGGAGGGGCUCCUUCUCUCUUUUUAACCCAUCCUUUUAAACAAAAUGGCACCAAAGAAGGAGGUGAAGAAGCCAGCCGCGGCCGCUGCCCCAGCCGCUGCCCCUGCCCCGGCACCUGCCCCUCCGCCUGCUCCAGCCAAACCCAAAGAAGAAAAAAUUGACCUCUCUGCCAUUAAGAUCGAGUUCUCUCAGGCACAGCAGGAUGAAUUCAAGGAGGCGUUUCUCCUGUUUGACAGGACAGGCGAAUGCAAGAUCACCCUAAGCCAGGUUGGUGACGUCCUUCGGGCUCUGGGUACAAACCCCACCAAUGCAGAGGUUAAGAAGGUUCUGGGAAACCCUACCAAUGAAGAAUUGAAUGCGAAGAAAAUUGAAUUUGAACAAUUUCUGCCCAUGAUGCAAGCUAUUUCCAACAACAAGGAACAGGGCAGCUAUGAAGACUUUGUUGAGGGCCUGCGCGUCUUUGACAAGGAAGGGAACGGCACAGUCAUGGGCGCUGAACUCCGUCACGUCCUAGCCACACUGGGUGAAAGAAUGAAAGAGGAGGAAGUGGAAGCCCUGAUGGCAGGUCAAGAAGACUCCAACGGCUGCAUCAACUAUGAAGCUUUCGUCAAGCACAUCAUGUCUAUCUAAAUGGCACUCUCAAGAUCAUGCAUUGUUUACGAAGACUGGCUGGAAACUCAUUUUAAUAACACCCAUGACCAACCGUCCAGAUCUGUUUACCAUCAUUUAGAAAAACACUGUGGACCGUUCUAGACUGAAGGACUCCCUGAAUUUUUAUAUA